AUGUAUUCUUUCGUGGGCUUCUUGGCAGUAGCGGUAGCUGUGGUUUUGGGAAAGGAUGGGCAGGGGGCUGGGAGAGGACUGGGAGUGUCAAGUUCAGCGAGUGUGUGUAGGGCGUGAGUGAUGGGUAGUGGGCAGAAGUGGUGUACUGGUUCUAUUGAGCAUGGGGUUACUGAAGGAAGUUGAUGCACUUCUUCGGAUGGUGCGGAUUAUUGUAAUGAUCAAGAUUCAAAGUUUUGCUCAGAUCUGACAACUUCUGAUGGUUAUCAAGAAGGUUUGGUUCUUUGCCCAAUGUCAAUGGCAGAUUGAGGAAAUACCGACUUCCUAAUCGAACACCACGAGCAAAGAAGUAUGAUGAUCCGGCUGAAUAUUCCUCAAACCUCUCUUUGCAGCUAUAGAAUACGAGGGAACAAAGGUAGUAACACUGACAUGAAAGUUGAAUUACUUCAAUCAGAAGGUGUUCAAGUCUCACUUGUUCAUAAGACUUCUUCUAAGAAGAUAACUUUCAAAUCUCUUCUAGCAAAAGGAGGAUCCUUGACAUUGUCCUUUGGGACUUCCAAAGAGAUCUUUGUGGUAGUAGAGCCGCAAGCCGCUGUUAACCUAUUCCAUAUGGCCUUUACAGCUGAAGAUAAUGGAUUUGAUACAGGUCUUAGUACUUGGGCAAUCUUAGGAAUCACAGCAGCUUGAACUGUUUGCUGAGGAGGAAUUAUUUUAGGCGGAAUUUACAUCUACUCCAAACACUUCCUCUCUUCCAAAGGCCGACUCCUCCACCCAAUCCCACCCGCAACCAACCUAACCCCCCAAAACCAACCCAACCAUCCAAUUCCAACCCCAUCAGACCCCAAUUUCCACCUUCAAAAUCCCCCAAUCCCCACUGAAAAUGUGGAAAGGUAACACAGAUGAUGAGUUUUAGAUCGUGUAAUCAGAUAGAAGUGAAUUCAGCAGUGGGAACUCAGAUAGGGAUUCCUAUUAGGGAUUUGGAGGGAACGCAGCAAACGAUAUCAAGAAAUUAAUAAUUUAGGCUAGAAAGAAGUUUAGCUGAUAGUAUUGAAAGAGUAAGGUUUAAUGGGGUGGUACUUGGUAUUGGAGA